AUGACUAUACUCAAUGCAAUUAUUGAACAUAAACCAGAAGCUGAAAUUCAAGCUGUUUAUGCUAUUCAAAAUUUUGUUAAUAAACUUGAACAUCCACCAAAAAUGGCUCGACUACUAUUUGAUAUAUUUUAUGAUGAAGAAUGUGUAAGUGAAGAUGCAUUUUUUGAAUGGUUGAAACAUCCAGAUCAAUCUGAGACAGAAGGACAUGCUGUUGUUGAAAUGUCUACGAAAGACUUUUUUACUUGGUUACAACAAGCUGAAACAGAAGUCGAAGAAGGCGAAGAAGAAGAAGGAAAUUAA